AUGCAAGAUCCCAUGGAAGAGCUGCGGGACCCGCGCAAAGCCAAAGAUGACUUUCUCCACUACAUGCGCCACGAGUUCUUUAGGUUGAACUUUUACCGGGCGCAUAUGCUGUAUUUUAUUGUCGUCAUUGCCAUCUCGUCGCUCAUUGUGUACGGGCAGGGACGCGCGAAUGGGCCGAAAGAGGUGGGAGGAGAGCACUUGACGUAUAUGAACGCGUUGUUUCUGACGUGUAGUGCUAUGACGACGACUGGUAGGAUCAAACCGCCCAGGUAUCGAAAACGGCAGAUUGCUGAUAUUCAUGUAGGGCUCAAUCCAGUGGAUCUGGGCGAUCUAUCUGGCUUUCAACAGGCCGUGUUUGCGAUCCUCAUGUUCAUUGGAAAUAUACCGUUCGUUUCGACAUUUGUGGUGCUGAUUCGACGAAAACUAUUUCGAAAGAAAAUGGCACAUGUGGUGAAGCAUUCUCGCACCAUGCGGCGACUUGUGCAAGACAUCGAGGACAAUCGCCACACGGGACGCGGGGAGGCUGAUAGCAGUGGUACUCUGCGUCAACGUGCGAGCAGAGGACCGAGUCGUUGGGCCAAUGGGACCAAGGAAGAAAGAGACUGCUCGCCAAAGAUGCAACCACUUUCCAAACGUCGAACGUACCACUACCAAACAGGAUUCGGCUUUAUCCCUACGCCCUGGGAGACGAAGAUUGCGCGCAACUUCUUCCGAAGGAUAUUCGACCGCUUGACUAGCGAGUUGAAGCCUGAGCGGCACGACUAUGUGUCCUUUAAGCCACGGCUUGACUCCAAAGGACGUUUUCUCGAUCUGAGUGAGCAAGAUCGCAUGGAGCUCGGUGGUGUGGAGUAUAGGGCUCUACAAGCUCUACUUUUGAUCCUAAUUGGCUAUCAAGUGUUUUGGUAUUCACUGGGCACUGUCCUACUCGUCCCUUACGCAUAUCGCAGCCACAUACAGGCUGUACUUCAUGAAGCACAGCCGGGCCGGCUGAACCCAGGAUGGUGGGCGUUCUUCUGCACAGUCACCGAAUUCGCGAACGGAGGGCUCAACGUCCUCAACUCCAAUUUUGUCCCCUUCAGUGGCUAUCCUUAUAUUCUCAUUGUCGCAGGACUGCUGGCCUUUGCAGGACAAACGCAGUUCCCCACUUUUCUCCGAAUGCUUAUUUGGACGAUGAAGAAGAUAUCUCCCCAGCAGUCGAGGUUCAGAAACACACUCGAGUUCUUGCUGCAACACCCAAGACGCUGCUUCAUCUAUCUAUUUCCCAGCCGUGAAACGUGGUAUCUGUUUGUGAUCCAGGUCGUCAUUGAUAUCACGGCUUGGCUAUGCUUUGUCAUUUUAAAUAUUGGUAUGCCAGAUAUUGAGGCGCUUUCGCUACGCAGACGCUUCCUGGAUGGCUCGUUCCAAGCUACGGGUCUACGUACAAGCGGCGCGUACAUUAUUGCGUUCAGCUCCCUCGCGCCAGCAUGUCUAGUCGUCUAUCUCGUCAUCAUGUACAUCUCCAGCUACCCCAUGGUCCUAACACUGCGCAAAACAAACACCUAUGAGGAGCAAUCCAUUGGCCUACAGAAGCAUGACAGCAGCACCGUGGGCAUUGCAUCUCAUCUCCAAAAGCAGCUGGCAUACGACAUCUGGUUUCAAUUCUUGUCCUUCUUCUUGAUCUGUGUCAUUGAACGUGGUCACAUACUUCGUAAAGAUCCUGGGUUCGAUGUCUUUUCGAUACUAUUCGAAGUCACAUCAGCCUACGGUACCGUUGGCCUGAGCACUGGUAUACCAGGCAAAGACUAUAGCUUGAGCGGCUCCUUCGCAAGCCUCAGUAAAGUAGUCCUGCUUUUCGUCAUGGUGCGAGGCAGACAUCGCGGCCUACCCCUCGCCAUUGACCGAAGCAUCCUUCUCCCCGGAGAAGAGCUCAUGCGCCGCUUAGACCAGGAAUACAGCGCAAGAGUCGUACCCGAUGCACAUGACAUGGCAGACUUGGCCACCAACAUCGCGCUCAGUGGGAAACCGCGCACACCGUGCGGAAAAGGGGAACAAGAUCCAGAGCUCCUUCGUAACCCGUCCUCUCGGACCGACGUCCAUGAAGACAGAGAUGCAAGAGAAAGGGGGAAUGUCGACGCAACAACAGCCAGCAUGACAGACACGUCACGCCCAUGA